AUGGAAAAACUGGAUCUCAACGGAGAUGGCAUAAUUACACUAGGAGAGUACAAAGUUGCACUAAACAUAUCAAGUCAGCCCAUGGAUGCGUGGAAAGAGAUGUUUAAAGACAUUGACAAAGACGGAGGCGGAACAGUCAGUAUCAAAGAGUUGAAGGACUUCCUUCGUCAAACCGGUUCUGAAAACUUGGAAGAAACCGGACUUAAUGCGAAGAAAGUACACGAAUCCACCCUGUUCGGAUGGAGGAAACUCCUCAACUUGAUAGAUGUAGGCAAAUCGGAAGAAAUCGAAGCUGCAGAACUGGUUCUGACUUUAGAGCACUCCGCCAGUUGGCAGUUCUUGCCGGCUGUCAAGGAUUGGAUCAAAAAGUAUGAUACGAACCGUAAUGGGAAAUUGCAAUACAAGGAGUCCCUCAAGGUCGUCGUCUCCACGGAAUGCUAA